AUGGCCGACGUCGGGCAGAAACGACACAACAACGAUUGGGGCGGCGGCAGCAGGGACCGGAAGCGCAAGAAGAACUUCGCGCCCAAGCCCGGGCAGGCGGCCAGACGCGAGAUCGACGUCGCGUGCGCCAAGGGCGACACCGCCGCGGCGUUCGCCGCGUUCGACGCCGCCGUCGAUUCCGGCGAGCCCCUCCAGCCGCACUCCUUCAACGUCCUCCUCCACCUGUGCUCCGGCGGGACGAGCACGGGAGGCAACUACAAGGACGAUGCCAAAACCGCCGACGGAGCGACGCCGCCGGCGGCGAAGGUCGUCGUUCCUCCCAAGGACGCGGUGCACCCCGAGCGCGCCAACGCCAUCUUCAACAAGAUGGUCGAGCUCGACGUCCAGCGAACCGAGAUGACCUACACCGCCCUCGCGCGCAUCGAGGCGGCGAGCGGCGAACCCCGAAGGGCGCUGGACGUCGUCAAGAGGCUCAUCGACGAGAGGCUCACGCCCAAGCUCCGAACGUUCGCGCCCGCGCUGCACGCGUUCUGCAUGAAGGGCGACAUCGAGGGCGCGCUGGAGGCGGAGGCGGAGAUUGCCAACGCGGGCAUCGAGAUAUCCGAGGCGGAAUACGCGGUACUGCUCAACGCAUACGCGGACGCGGAACGAUGGGAAGACGGGCUCGCGCUCCUGCGGCGGAUGCGCGAGGAGGUCAGGACGCUUUCGACGCCGCUCGUGGAAUCGACGCGACGUUUCUUCGACCGACACCCGGGUUGGCGGUUGGAGGCGUCCGCCGAAGUGGACGAAGCCACGGGCGCGGCUUCGUCGACUCCUUCGGGGAAGAAGAUGCAGCUCGCGGCGAUCAACCUCAGCGCCUCGGACCGCGCGGCGUUGCUCGCGGGGAUCGGCAAGCUCGCGCGGGAGCGCGAGGCGAAGUCGUCGUUCGACGGGUUCGUCCGUUGGCUCGCGAAACGGGGCCCGCUGCCGUACCUGGUUGACGGCGCAAACGUGGGCAUGUACAACCAAAACUUUCACGAGUCGCGGUUCAACUUUAACCAGGUGGAGAAGGCGAUGAACGCGCUGCGGCCGCUGGCGAGGGACACGCACGCCGCGCGACGCGACGCGUGCGGCGAGGGUGCCGAGGGUGCUGAGGGUGCCGAGGGUGCUGAGGGUGCCGAGGGUGCUGAGGGUGCCGAGGGUGCCGAGCCCGCGCCCUCGGCCGCGACCGAGCCGAACCGGGCCGGUGACUCACCACCCGGUGACUCAGCGCCCGGUGACUCACCACCCGGUGACUCACCGGAGGACCUCGGACUGACCGACGCCGGGGACAUCGACGUCGAAGCGCUCGUCUCCAAACCCGGCGUCGACGUCCCCGUCAACUUCCUCCACGUUCGAAGGGUCCGCGGCGGCCCCGCUAACCAUCCACGAGCCAAGGCGCUUCUCGACGGGUGGAAGCGAUGCGGCGAGCUCUUCGUGUGCCCCGCCGGUUCGAACGACGACUGGUACUGGCUCUACGCCGCGGUGGCGAGCGGGGACGACGCGUUCUUGGUGAGCAACGACGAGAUGCGGGAUCACGCGUUUCAGAUGCUGCCCGCGCCGAGGCUGUUCGCCAAGUGGAAGGAGCGGCACCAGGUGAGGUUUCACAUGAGCGCUGCGACUGGUUUGGAGUUUUAUCACCCGCCGCCCUACACGGCUUGCGUGCAGGAGGGAUCCGAUUUGGACUGGUGGCUGUUUCCUGGGGACGACGGGGAGUGGACGUGCGCGGUGAGGAAGUGA